CUCGCGAGUCUACUGGAAGAUGGAUUUUAAUAUAACCGUAUCGUCUACCAAUAUGUCAGAUAUAAUUGAAUUACAAGAGGAUGAAACGAUAUCGAUCAGAUCAAUGAAUUACCCGUCAAACUACCCAAACAACUACUAUCAUCAAUGGGAUAUCCGAACCCAAGAAGGCAAUGUCAUCGAAGUUAUUGUAAGAUCAUUCGACGUGGAAACCGGGCACGACCACGUGUACAUAGGUGAUGGCGUUGAUAGCUUUACAAACCAAGGAUCAAAAUGGCAAUUCUGGACAGGAUUAUGGGAGAAUGAGGUCCUAGAAUCACGAGACUUCACAUCAUCUACCAAAUCAAUCACCAUGAUCUUCACCACUGAUUAUAGCACAACAAAAUCAGGAUUCUGGAUCCAGCUACGAGCUGCUAAUACACCAGUUGGAACAGGAACAGUUUCACCAUCACCAGCAAGUAAAGAAACAACUAAACCAUUUGUUUCAUCGAAUCCGCCAUCUACAUCUACGACAGAUCGGGUGAAAAGUUUACCGCAUACCAGUAAAAAUUGUAAUUAUAAUCUCAUCAGUUGUCAAAUAAUCCGUAAUAUAUUUUCCCCCAUUGGUCCACUAUUAGACGCCCUUAUCUUCAAGUGGGUAGCCAUUAUAUCAUCAACCAUUUUGCUCCUGGUCAUUCUUACCUGCGCGGUCCUAAAAUAUAAACGACGGAAAGAGACAACGCGUAAUGGCACGGACACUACGGCCAAAUCAGACAGACUGCACAACAUGCAAGACGAAGAACCUACGGGAGAACAAGAAUCUUCCACUGACCCUGAUUCUCUUCCUGGUAGACCGUAUGAAACUAUCCCUGAAUACAUUCUAUCUCAAUCCCAUAGUCCUGUGACGGGACACUCUAAUUGCCCAGUAUCUGGUCCUGACAUAAACGAACGAGUAGAUGAGUUUGGAUACAUGAUUCCAGACAGAGACGACGGAGGAGAACUACCUGAUGAACAAUCACCAGUCAGUCGGGAUGGUUAUUCAGAUAUCAAUCACACAUAUUUGGAUACAACCCUUUCUAGUAGUCAGCAAGAAUAUCCCCACACCUACCAUACCUACGAAAGUUCUAUGAUGACGAUGAAAAGCUUGGGAGAAAAGGAUGAACAAUUGUCGAGUCAUUAUUAUAACAUUGACAGCACUGACACUUCUAAGCGCUAUUAAGAAUCCCUCUGUCAUGUCUGUAUAGGGCCUAGUAGAUUUAGGGACAAGUCCACUUCAACAAAAAAAUUAAUU